CCAGCCAGCCAACCACCCACUCUUUACACAGCAAGAGGCUACCGCACAUAUACGUAGGAACUGAAACUUCUUAUCAUGGCAAGGCUCUCUGUUGUGUGCUUGGUUCUGCUCGCCUUCGCCAUGGCCGUGGCAGCAGAGAUGGCGCCGAUGAUGGCGCCAAUGAUGGCGCCCAUGACGGCGCCGGGGGCCGACGUGGGCGACUGCAACAGCGACCUGCAAGACCUGGUUGCCAACUGCCAGAAGUACGUCAUGUUCCCGGCGGAGCCGAAGAUCACGCCGUCGCCGGCCUGCUGCGACGUGAUCCAGAGGGCGGACAUACCGUGUCUGUGCGCCAAGGUCACCCCGCAGAUCGAGAACAUCGUCUGCAUGGACAAGGUCGUGUUCGUCGCCAAAUACUGCAAGAGGCCCUUUCAGCCUGGCUCCAACUGUGGAAGCUACCAUGUUCCUGGUCUGAUCGUGUAGUGCAGCAUAUCUUCUGAUUGGAUGAUCACGAAGACCGCAGAUGCUAUUUUCAGCCUUCACCUUUGAACCAGUGCUUGUGACUUGCAGAUUUGCUGAGAGAUAAUUCACUGGAUUAUCCCCUGGAUAAAUCCAGAUACUUUAUGAUAAGUAUAAAUAAAGUUGACGGCAAAUGUAUGAUUGCCUGUUAUAAAAAAA